UUUUGUGCCUGUAAAUUUACUUGACUUCAGAUGGACAAAUUGUGUGACAACAUCAGAAAUUUAAAGGACUAUAACAUUUAAAUUCACAAUCAAAAUGAGGAUAGAGAGAAAAGAAGAGGCAUGAACUUCAAGGCACCUUCGCUCUGUCACAAUAAAACUGACGAAGGGACUCGUUACCAAGAUCCGAUGUGAAGCUGUAGCGCCGCCUCUCUGCAGAAGCCAAAUUUGGACGUCAGCAGGUGCAGGGCUGCACACACUCCGAUGCUGAUGAAGAGAAAUAUCUUGUAGCUCUCGGAUCUCUCUCGAGCCUCUCCUUAGCUGGCCUUUGAAUGUCCUCGUUUGGACCGAGAACCGAACUGUCAACGGUGCAAAAGGAAAUCUUGUAGGAUAAGUAGGUUUUAUCUACACCUUGGGUGUGUAAAAGGAAGAAAAGAAAAAAAGAAAGUUGCAGGAACUCUAAAGGAGAUUUAGUAGAGAAAAAAAAAAAAGUAAUGAAUAAAAACUCACAAUCAAAUCUUAAACAAGUUGAUCAGGUUUGAUAAAUCUGAUUGGGCUGAAUUUAUCGGAUUGGUUCAUACUCUACUCAGAAGUCGCCCAUUCUUAUGCCAUCAUGUACUGAGCACAAGGACAAAAUAGGAAUUUAGGAAAAUGUGAUUUCAUGAUGGAUGACAAAAACUUCUGCAUCAUAAGCCUCGCAUUAGGAAAUGGUUUAACAAGCUCUAAAACAUCAUCGGUGGGAAAUAAAAAAGCAGACUAAUGUCAUCCUGAAGGCCUUCUACAAAAAGUCUCAAUGUGAAAUGUCUGCAUAAGGUCAGAUUUCCAAUGGUUCAUGUCACUACAUGUAAUUAAUAAUUACCAAAACCAGAGACUGGUUACACAUUUUAGUUGUGCAAUACAGGAAUUGUGAAAUGUCAAUGGAAAAAGUCGAAAGGCAAUGAUUUAACUUCUUUACCAGGACAGCUUGGCUUUAAAAAGACUGAGAAGCUAUGGUACAACACACCAAACACUCUCUUUGAGGAGGAUUCCCCUAAAAACAGAUCCAUCCGUCUGACAUUCAGCCCGUAAUGGAGACUGCCAUCGGUGUGCUGGUGUCCCAGUUCAAGGCGUACGCUGGUAGAGAUGGUUCCUCCGACACGCUGAGCAGGGACGAGUUUCAAAAACUGGUCAAGUCAGAGCUCUCCGGCUUCGUGAAGAAUGCUGACGACCCUGCUGCCAUUGACCAGCUCAUGAGCUCAUUGGACAAGAACAAUGAUGGAGAGCUAAGCUUCCUGGAGUUCUGGCAGCUGAUUGGGUCUCUUGCGAGCAAGCGUGGGGGGUUCAGCCAAUAGUGUGUCCUUAAAUACUUUUUUUUUUGUUAAGUUUAAUGUGUGCUACUGAACUUUCUGUGUGCCAUGGAAGAAAAGGGAAAUCCUCCAAAAUGGAAAUCACCUCAGCCAGUUUCCUCCGCUUAAGAGGCCAGUGAGUUUACUGACUGCACUAACAAAAGAAACCGUUUAAAUUUACUCAGUAAAAUUGGUUUUUAACAUUUUGCAAAGCAUUUUAGGGGUAAAUUCUUAUUGAUAUCUUGGUGUUGAAAAUGCGUAAAGCUGCCAGCUAAAACCUUUUAAAAACAUAGCUUAAAUGUUAAUAAAACUCUA